AUGCUCUUAUUUUCCAUGUCUUUCUCUUCUCUUCUUUUUUUUUUUUUGCUUUUCCCUUCUCAUUCUUUCUUCUUACUUUUCUUUCUUCCUUUCUUCCCCUAUACCUCAUAUUUUACAAGCCCUCUUUUUACAUUUUCUUCUUCCCUCUCCAUACCUUCUCUUCUUUUUCCUUUUCUUUCUUUUCUCUUCUUUUUUUUUUUUUGCUUUUCUCUUUUUUCUUCCCCUAUACUGCAUAUUUUAUUAUAUCUGUUUUUACAUUUUCUUUUAAUUUUCCUUGCUUCUAUUAUUUUUUCCCUUUUCUAUCUUUUGCCUUCUUUUUUGUUUUUUCAUUUCACAUUCUUUCCUUCUUACUUUUCUUUCUUUCUUUUUCCUCCUUCUGCCUAUACCCUAUAUUUUAUAAUCCCUCUUUUCAUGUUUUCUUCUUCUCUUUCCAUACUUCAUUUAUUCUUCCUUGCCUUUCUUUUCUUCUUGGUACGUCAUAUCUUUUUUCACUUCGUUUCUCCUUUUCAUUUCUCUCUUUUUUAUCACCGAUCUUUCUUUAACUCCUCCCAUAUUUCUUUCUACACUUUUAUCUUUUUAUCUCUUUUUUCGUCGCUACUGAAUGACUGUUUUCCACAAGAGAAUAUCAUUCGCAAGUACAUUAUUUCUAUUGUUUAA